UUGUUAAUAGCAUUCAAAGGUUUAUUAAAACCAUAGUCUGGAAGCAGUAAAAUUGUGUAUACGUAUUGGGUUUAUUAUUUGUGAACAGUCGAAAAUAUUGUGAAAGAUUUUCUGCUGUAAUUAAAAUGGCUACUUUACGAUCAUCAGGAUGUAAAUGCAAAAUUGGAGUACCAUUCAUGUUGAUGGCGCUUGUUUUAGUUUUGCCAUUAACUCGAUCAGCACCAUUGGAAGAAGCCAAGUUCUUGCGACAGAUUGCUGAUCAAUACAGUGCUCCACUGGUUGUCUCAUUCCUACAUUCUAGGAUCCAGAAAAACGAAGAAAUGAUUACCAAAAUUAAAAGCUCUCUUAAAGAUUUGGAUCAAUCAAAAGUUGAUGUCUUUGAUUUGGCUGGAAAGACGCUUGAAUUAUUGGACGAGCAGUUAACUGCUCUUGAAAAGGCGGAUUACUUUGAUUUCAAUGGAACUGAAAAAGUAAAGUAUUUUAUUGAACAGUUCAUCAUGCAAAAUGAAAUGUAUCCAGUUGAGUUUGGUUCCUAUGGAUCAGUUAAGGUUGUUGUUACUCCAGACGCUUUGUUGGAAGAUCUUCCAUUGAAAACCAGCGAUGUAUUGAUCAGUUCGACUAAUACUAUGAUCCAAACAUACUUGACGGAUAUCGAUGAAAAAGAGCGAAGUUUUGGUAGCAAUCGAAUGCAAAAACUGUCUGCUUUCAUGGCGAAACGAGAGCUGAAGCUGUUGGCCGAUUAUUCGUAUCCCCCAAAUAAUGGUAACUACGGUUACAAUAAUGUCAAUGAUCCUCGUAAAGUUGCAAUUGGUACAGUGCUAAGAAAAGUAAAGACGAUUGUUGACUUCUUUUACGCACAGUUCAACCAUUUGGCUGAUCCAAAGUCAACCAUCAAAGGGAAUGAAGUAACUAAUAGCCACGAGCCUCGAAUCGAGGUGGUUACAUCUACUCCUAGUCAAGAGACAACACCACCCUAUUAACACUGAACGAACGUAGUUUGUGAAUCUGAUUGUCAAUAAAAACGAGUGGAAAUCCAUUUUAAUAUCGUCACCUGUGACCGAGAAUCACAGUUCCACUCUGGUCCUAGAAUGCAAAUGAAAACCUUUUCUUUUGUUAGUCAAAUCAUAUUUCCAUUACUCUAAACAUGAAAAAACAAUUUAAUUACUAAAUUAAACAAGUUAUUAUUCAA